AAGCCGAGCACGCCGUUGCUUGUCAACUCGGCAAGGCGAGCGUGGGGUUUGCGAUACCCGAUUUCACUUUCGGAGGUUUUUCUCCACGUCUGAUAUGGAUGACCAUGUUCUGACGGCGCUAGAAGAUCUCAGGUAUGACGGCCCAUUGGUUAACGAAGAGCUGUUUGCGAAGGAGAUCGAAGAAGCCAAGUCGGUCAAGUUCACGGGUCUCGUGGCAUGGCUGUCGACCCAGAUCAAGUCCCUCUGCAACAUGGAGGAGCACGUGAACGCCAUCACAGACCUUGAUGACUGGAACACGUUCUUGCUCGAGCUCAGCGCUUUCCUGAAGGAGAUGCAAUGCCCGCUAAGCGUAUUGACGGAAGGGCCUGUGAGCCAGCGGCUAGUGUCAAAGGAAAACCGACUACUUCUCCUCGGCUUUCUGUGCGAUGAGUUGGAGGCAGCGCGCAUGAUCAAAGUGGUGCGUCCUGACAGCGGCGCCCUUCAAGUUCAGAUGGAUGAGUCAGCUGUGGCCAAGGCAAUGAAGGGCAUGCUGAUCACUCUCGGUUUCGGCAAGCCACCGCCAAACAUCACGCCCGCUCAGCUCUUCUCAAAGGCAGAAUCCAAGGUGCGUGAGUUGGUCCCCAAGGUAGGCCCUGCGAUAAUGAGCAAGCCACUGUUUGCUGGUGGCCUCACGGAGAAGCAGUGGUUCGCACUGGCCAAGCUGCAGGAGCAGAUGCAGGGCGAGUACCGCGUGCGGAGGGAGACGCUCAUCAAACGUCUUGACGUCACCAUCCAGUCCUUCCUCUGGGCCGAGCGCCUCAAGGGCAUGGAGGACAAGAUCAUGCAGGCAUACCAGCCGAGGCGAAAAGUCAUGGAGACUGAACCCAAUGUCAGUGUGGGUCACGUGCUGGCCGCCAGAGAAGACCUGACAAUGCUGGAGAAGACGAGUGGCCAGGGUGUGCGCAAGAACACCAAGAGUGCCGUGAACCGAGUGCUGAUCGGCAUGGUGCCCGACCGGGGCGGGCGUCCCGAGGAACAGCAACCACCGCCUCCCGAGAUGCCCAGCUGGCAGAAGCGCUCCGAUGGACCGCAGGGCGGCCGCGGGGGAGGAACGAGCUACUCGACUGGCCGCGUCCAAGGUGCCGGCUGGGACGACCAGAGGAGAGGUGGGGACGGACGGGGUGACGGAGGCUACGGCGGCGGUGGCUACGGUGGUGGUGGUGGCUACGGCCAGAGGGACCAGAGAGACUCCAGGGGAGGACAUGGUCGGGACGGAGGCUACCAAGGUGGUGGCUACAGGCAGCAAGACAGCUACGGAGGUGGCCAAGGUGGCUACGGAGGUGGCGGCGGCUACAACCAGAGAGAAGGACGCGGUGGUGGAGGGAGAGGUGGCUACCGAGGGGGAAGGGGGGGAGGCCGGGGAGGAGGGAGGCAGUACGACAGAUGAUCACGCGACGCUUCUGAUUAACCAGAACAAUGGGCGGGAGGGGUCACAGUUACUGCAUUAUCGCCGCCUUUACGGGGUGUGGGAGCAAUUUUCUGACGGAGGUGUCGAUGCAAAAAGCAACAAGAAAAAAAUUACAUGUAAACCCUGUGGAUUGUCGACGUACCGCGUCCAGAUUCCGAGCUGUACGCAUAAUUGGGAGGACUGCUUGCAGUGUAUGUUUGCGUUAUGCCGUGAAACUGACCAUAGCCAAGUCUUUGACAAAAAAAUUAUUAGAUUUCUUUUGUAUGUAGGGAUGGGAAAUUGGGGUUGCUGGCACAAUGCAUUUUUAUCACUCGCCCAGCGGGGAAAAAGAAAGGAUGGCUGGGGAAGGGUGUGCGUCUGAGAUAGUGCCUACCACUCGUAAGUUAUUCGAUAGCGUGCAUGGUUUUGUUGUGUGUUCCUGCUUCGCAGCCAAAGUCAGUUUUGUCUGAAGUGUGUGAAUGAAAUAAAGA